AUGGUGGUAGCAAUCCCGCAAGCUAUGUACGAUCAAGGCUACCAGUGUGGGCAGAUGCUGACAGUAUCAUGUCAGGCGCAAGGAUAUCCAUGCAAAAGUAGCGAGAGCAUUAAUGUAAAAAUUGUGGAGAAAUGUACAUCCUCUGCACCUAAUAUUAUUGCGCUUUACAAGGAUGCGUUUGCUGAGAUUGCUGACCCUGCUACGACAUGUUUUGGCAAAGUAAAUCAGGGACAAUGGGUGGCAUCUAUCAGUGAUGACCUAUGGAAACAAGGCAAAUACAAGUGUGGUCAAUCCCUCACCAUUUCGUGUGUAGGUGGUCAGUAUCCAUGCAAGGCCGGUAGCAAAAGUAUUACAGUAAAGAUUGUGGAUCACUGGGUAGCCCCUGAUGUUAAGUUCAUUGCCAUCUCCAAACAAGCCUUGUCAUCUAUAGCCGAUCCUCUUGCUGGACCAAUUCCAAUUCAAUUUUACUAG